UUGAAUACCGCAGAUGAGAUCCACGCUGACCGGUACGCGUCCCUCUCUCACCCUCCGCCUCUUCCUUUAAUUUAGUCUUUAGAACCACCCUCACCCACACUCACGCUCGCACCCACACCACCGGCCGACCAGCCGCGUCUGUCAACCGAAAGCAGCACAGCUCCCCACGGUCGGUCUACAUCUACUCCCCACCGCCUGCUUCUCCUCCGAAACCACGCGCGUACGUACGUACCAGCUGUGCCGAUCGAACAAUGCACCGCCAGAUGGCCGUCGCGGCGUGGGCGCUGCUGCUGCUGCUGUCGGAGGCGGCGUCGCGGUGCGCGGGGCAGGCGCUGGUGCCGGGCGUGAUGAUCUUCGGGGACUCGGUGGUGGACGCCGGCAACAACAACCGGCUGGCCACGCUGGUGCGCGCCGACUUCCCGCCCUACGGCCGCGACUUCCCGGCCACCCACGCGCCCACCGGCCGCUUCUGCAACGGCAAGCUCGCCACCGACUACACCGUGGAGAGCCUGGGGCUGAGCUCGUACCCGCCGGCGUACCUCAGCGAGGAGGCGCAGAGCGACAACAGGACCCUCCUCCACGGCGCCAACUUCGCCUCCGGCGCCGCCGGCUACCUCGACGCCACCGCCGCGCUCUACGGCGCCAUCUCGCUGGGGCGGCAGCUGGAUUACUUCAAGGAGUACCAGUCCAAGGUGGCGGCGGUGGCCGGCGAGAAGCGCGCGGCGGCGCUCACGUCCGGGUCCAUCUACGUGGUGAGCGCCGGGACGAGCGACUACGUGCAGAACUACUACGUGAACGCCAUGCUGGCCGCCGCCUACACCCCCGACCAGUUCGCCGACGCGCUCAUGCAGCCCUUCACCGCCUUCGUCGAGAGGCUGUAUGGGCUGGGAGCGCGGCGGAUCGGGGUGACGUCGCUGCCGCCCAUGGGGUGCCUACCGGCGUCGGUCACCCUCUUCGGCGGUGGCGGCGGGGGCGGCUGCGUGGAGCGGCUCAACAACGACUCCCUCACCUUCAACACCAAGCUGCAGGCGGCGUUGGACGCGGCCAAGAAGCGGCACUCGGACCUCAAGCUCGUCGUCUUCGACAUCUACAACCCGCUCCUCAACCUCGUCGCCGACCCCAUGAGCGCCGGGUUCUUCGAGUCUCGGCGUGCGUGCUGCGGGACGGGGACGAUCGAGACGUCGGUGCUGUGCCACCAGGGGGCGCCGGGGACGUGCGCCAACGCCACGGGGUACGUCUUCUGGGACGGCUUCCACCCCACCGACACCGCCAACAAGGUGCUCGCCGACGCGCUGCUGCUCCAGGGACUCCAGCUCAUCUCCUAGCCGCUCAGUCCUCACCCUCGUGUCAUGACUGACCGUCUUGUGCAUGUAGUAUCUGUUUACCUACUAGCUUUUCUUGCUUGUGAUCUCUACCACUAGAUCAUCUCUCCUGCUGUUUCGUUUUCCUAUGUAUUGUUUGUACUAGGCACUGCUAUAUGUCCUUGCUUUGUGUGAUGUGAAUGUGGUCCGUAAUGUAAUAUAGCGGCACUGAAACUAGGCUUUUGCUAAUUUUAUUUAGUUAACA